GCCCGUAGAUUGGGAUACAAGGCAAAGCAAGGAUACAUUAUCUAUCGUAUCCGUGUACGACGUGGUGGACGUAAACGCCCUGUGCCUAAAGGUGCAACUUACGGUAAACCUGUUAAUCAGGGUGUAAACCAACUCAAAUAUCAACGUUCUCUUAGGGCGACUGCUGAAGAACGUAUUGGGCGUAGAUGUAGCAAUUUACGUGUUUUAAAUUCAUACUGGAUUAAUCAGGCAAUUCGUCGUGAUCCAAAAAUUAAUUGGAUUGCAUCCUCUAAACAUAAACAUCGUGAAGCGCGUGGUCUUACCAGUAUUGGUAAGAAGAAUCGUGGUAUAGGAAAAGGUCAUCGCUAUAACAAGACAAAGGGUGGUGGUCGCCACGCUAGUUGGGUUCGUCGCAAUACACUUUCUCUUCGCCGCUAUCGUUAA